GUAAGAACCUAUGCAUUUCUAGAAUCUCUUCCCAGAGUGCUUUGCUUGUCCAAUAUGGAGGAACUUACGGUGGAGGUGCGAGGCUCCAACGGAGCUUUUUAUAAGGGCUAUGUCAAGGAUGUGCAUGAAGAUUCACUCUCCAUUUCCUUUGAAAAUAACUGGCAACCAGAGAGACAGUUUCCCUUCAAUGAUGUCCGGUUGCCGCCACCCCCUGAUGCCAAGAAAGAGAUUGGUGAAGGGGAUGAAGUGGAGAUCUUCUCCCGAGCAAAUGAUCAGGAACCUUGUGGCUGGUGGCUAGCUAAAGUUCGCAUGACUAAAGGAGAUUUUUACGUGAUUGAGUAUGCAGCCUGUGACGCCACCUACAAUGAAAUAGUCACAUUUGAACGCCUCAGGCCUGUGAACCAAAACAAGCCUGUGUCAAAAAACUCCUUCUUCAGAUGCACCGUUCCCAUUCCUGACGACAUAAAAUCAGCGUGUGAAUGUGAACAGGCACACAAGGACUUCAAGAAGGCAGUGGGAGCCAGCCGGAUAUUUUACAGUCCUGAAAAAGGCCAGUUGGUUGUGUUGUCCAAGAAUGAAUCCACAGUCAAGCGUGUUCCCCUGCUCAGUGACAUGCACCUGCGGAGCAUCCGCACCAAGCUGAUGCUGAUGUCCAGGAACGAGGAGGCCACUAAACACCUAGAGAGCACAAAGCAGCUGGCUUCAGCCUUCCAGGAGGAGUUCACUGUUCGAGAGGACCUGAUGGGCCUGGCUAUCGGGAGCCACGGGAGCAACAUCCAGCAGGCCAGGAAGGUACCUGGAGUCACUGCCAUCGAACUGGAUGAACAAAGCGGCACGUUCAGGAUUUACGGAGAGAGUGCUGAAGCCGUAAAGAAGGCGAGAAGCUAUCUGGAGUUUGUGGAGGACUCUGUGCAGAUUCCCAGAAAUUUGGUUGGCAAAGUAAUUGGCAAAAAUGGAAAAGUCAUCCAGGAGAUUGUUGAUAAGUCAGGGGUGGUGAGGGUACGCAUUGAAGGGGACAAUGACAAUAAACUCCCUCGACAAGAGCUUCUGUCAUGUCACCAGGGAAUGGUCCCGUUCACAUUUGUCGGCACAAAGGAGAGCAUCGGCAACGUUCAGGUUCUGCUGGAAUACCACAUCGCCUACCUGAAUGAGGUGGAGCAGCUGCGUAUGGAGCGCCUGCAGAUCGACGAGCAGCUCCGGCAGAUCGGCAUGGGCUACAGACCCCAGCCUGGGCGCCCGGGAGACAAGGACAAGGGCUACACCACGGACGACAGCGCCUCCAACAUGCCCCUCCACAACAGCCGCUCCUACUCGGGCAGGGGCCGCGGGCGCAGGGGCCCCAACUAUACGUCUGGCUAUGGCACCAACUCCGAUCAGUCCAAUGCCUCUGAGACAGAGUCCGAGCGCAAGGACGAACUGAGCGAUUGGUCUCUGGCGGCCGAGGAGCCAGAGCGGGGCCCGCGGCAGCAGAGGGACAGCCGCCGGAGACCCGGUCCUGGGCGUGGACGAGGAGCACCGUGGGGGAGAGGCCGUGGAGGAGGGAGAGGAGGCUCGACCUCCAUCAGCUCUGUUCUUCGUGAUCCUGAUGGGAACCCGUACAGCCUGCUAGACAACACGGAGACGGACCAGACGGCCGACACGGACGCAAGCGACUCUCACGCCAACAGUGCAGGAAACCGUCGUCGUAGGUCUCGCCGUCGCCGCACCGACGAGGACGCCACCCUGAUGGACAACAUGAGCGAGUCUGACAAUGCCUCGCUUAGUGAGAAUGGCCUAGAUGAUUCUGAGGCCAAGCCACAGCGCCGUAACCGUAGCAGGCGUCGCCGUCUCCGUCCUCCCGAGGAGAGGCAGCCAGUGACUGUGGCGGAUUACAUAUCACGUGCUGAAUCGCAAAGCAGACAGAAGAAUCCAAAAGAUUUGAAGAAGAAAAAAGACUUGGGACAAGUGGACUCUAUCGCAGAGCACAGCCCUUCGGCCACCACGAGCAAUGGCCCGAGCACCAAAGGUGGCGACACCGGAAAAGCUCAGCGGGUCUCUGCUGAAAGGCCGUCGAAAGUCAAUUACCAGGACAACGGAAAGAAGCAGGCUGUCAUGAACGGAAUCUCUUAAAGUGGCUGUCAUCGUCUUUUCUUUCUUUUUUUUUUGAAGAAAAAACAAACUCCUAACCGUUACAUUUUUACAAUAGUGCUUGUAAAAGCUUGCCAAAGAUAGACAUAUGGACUUCCAGAUUUCUCUCUACUGCACUUUUCAGUUCCUUCACCAUGGAACAAAAAUGAAGGGGUGGGAAGGUUUUGAUUAAUUAUGGAAGAGAAGGAAAUAAGAAAAAUAAUACAUACAUAAAUAAAUAAACACACACACUAAGUUGCGCCUAAUGAUGUUUUUAAGUACAUGAUCAGAUGUUGUGCCUUUGGUGAGUACAAAUAGACAAAGUUGGCCGGUUCUUUAAAACGUAUCUGGAAAUUAAGACGAUGACAAUGGGGAAGAGUCUAGGCAUCUUAACAUUUUAUUGAGGAGAGUUAGCUGCUUUUUUGUUACAUUUUAAUAUGCAACCACUUCUUCAUAUGUGGAAAAACUAGGAAAUGCAGUCUGGAAAAGGAAAAAAAAAAUUGCACUGAAUUGUAACACUUUCCCUUUAGAAAACUUCUGGUCUGGAAACUGGUCUGUUAUUGUUGUUGUCCAUUUUAAAUGCUUCAAGAAAAGCACUCCGCUGAGAUAUUUUAAGUUUGUUUCUCAUACUUUGGCAGGAAGGUAAUUGACAGUGACUGUUUUUGCAAAAGAAGCCUUUUUUGGUUUAUUUAUUAUGAAAUGUACAGUAUUUAAGAAGUAAGCAGUUAUUUUCUGUCAACACUAAACUGGCUGAACGCACUUGCACGCAGGUGACAAUUUGGACUACUGAAAGAUCAAUUUCCAGAUAUUCUGUUAUGUAAACUACGUUUGUUAGUCCUUAUUUUUUUUUUAAAUGAUCAUUAUGGUUGUUUGAUGUGCAAUAUGUUUUGUAUGCAAGUAGUUCUUAAAUAAAAAUUUGAUCUUCCAGACAAUGUU